GGAGCGGGGAGGGGCCGGGCCGGGCGCCAUGGCGGGGCGGGAGCGCUGAGGCGGCGGCGAGCGGGCGGUGAGGGGGCCGGGCGGGAGCCCUGAGGCGGCGGUGAGGGUGCAGUGAGGAGGCAAGGUGGGAGCCCGGCGGCGGCGAUGAGCGCGCUGUGAAGGGGCCGAGCAGCGAUGAGCGCGCUGUGAAGGGGCCGAGCGGCGAUGAGCGCGCUGUGAAGGGGUCGAGCGGCGAUGAGCGGGCUGUGAAGGGGCCGGGCGGCGAUGAGCGGGCUGUGAAGGGGUCGAGCAGCGAUGAGCGCGCUGUGAAGGGGCCGAGCAGCGAUGAGCGCGCUGUGAAGGGGCCGGGCGGCGAUGAACGGGUCGGGGCGGCUGCCGGCCGGGCCCGCGGAGCAGCUGGGCGCGAACGGCAGCGGCCCCGCGGAGCUGCGGGAGGGCACCCACGCCGCCACGCUGGCCGCCUGCGCCUCCCUGCUGGCCCUCGUCUUCUGCCUCGGCUCCUACGGCAACCUCAUCGUGCUGCUCUCCUUCUUCGACCCGGCCCUCCGGAAAUUCCGCACCGACUUCGACUUCAUGAUCCUCAACCUCUCCUUCUGCGACCUCUUCAUCUGCGGCGUGGCCGCCCCCAUGUUCGCCUUCGUCCUGUUCUUCGGCCCGGCCCGCGGCGUGCCCGGGACCUUCUGCUUCACCUUCCACCUCACCAGCUCCGGCUUCAUCAUCAUGUCCCUCAAGACGGUGGCGGUGAUCGCUCUGCACCGGCUGCGCAUGGUGCUGGGCAAGCAGCCGCACCGCGCCGCCUCCGCGCCCUGCUCGCUGCUGCUCACGCUGCUGCUCUGGGCCGCCAGCUUCACCCUGGCCACGCUGGCCACGCUGCGCACCCGCGGCUCCCGCCUCUGCCUGCCCAUGGCCAGCCUGCCCCGCGGGCAGGGCAGGCUCAUCCUCUACCUCUAUGUCACCGACUUCAUCUGCUGCGUGGCCGUGGUGUCCGUGUCGUACGCGAUGAUCGCCCAGGCCCUGCGCAGGAACGCGCGGGCCAGGCGGUGCCCUCCUGCCGCCGUGGCCGUGGGCAGCGCCAGGGCUCAGCCCUUCGCGGGGCCCGGGGCCGUGCCCGCUCUCUACAGGACCCAGAGCUGCGGCAAGCCGCCCCACGGCCAUGCCAAGCUCCCCGGCCGGCUCCCGCUGGCCUCGGCCGUCAACCUGGCCACGGCCAAAGACUCCAAGGCGGUGGUGACGUGCGUGGUCAUCGUGCUCUCCGUGCUGGUGUGCUGCCUGCCCCUGGCCAUCUCCCUGGUGCAGGACAUGCUGUCCGGCAGCGGUGGCUUUGUGCUCUACCAGUUCGAGCUGUGCGGGUUUACCCUCAUUUUCUUCAAAUCGGGAUUAAAUCCCUUUAUAUAUUCCCGCAACAGCGCGGGGCUGCGGAGACGCAUGCUCUGGUGCCUGCAGUACGUGGCCCUGGUCUUUUUCUGCUGCAAGCACAAGACGAGGCUUCGAGCCAUGGGCAAAGGCAGCCUGGAGGUCAACAGGAACAAGUCGUCGCACCACGAGACCAACUCGGCCUACAUGUUGUCCCCGAAGGCCCAGAAGAAGGGUUUGGAGCAGGCGUGCGGUGGCAGCCGCUCCAAGGACAGCGUGCUGAGCCCCAAGGCGUCCGCGGGGCAGCAGCAGCAGCAGCACUACGGGCAGAGCAGCUCCACGCCCAUGAACACGCGGAUCGAGCCCUACUACAGCGUGUACAACAGCAGCCCCUCGGCCGAGGCCAGCACCCCGCACAGCCUGCAGCCCGCGGGCUCCGCCUUCGCCUUCGCGCUCCAUCCCUCGGGCAGCUCGGCAGGGCGGGAGUGCAGCGCUGCCAGGCUCGUACCGCUGCCCUCCGCGUAGCCUUGGCACCUCCCGGCCCUUCCAAAGGGCCUCCAGCUCCGCUCUGGACAGGAACUGCUCCCAACUCCGUGAUGCUGCUGCUGCCGGUGAAUAGAAACACCGCUCCCGUUGGCGUUGGAAGCGAACGCGGGGCUGUCGCCUCCUUGACGCGCUCUGGAGUUGCCGUGGAGAGCCAGCAAGGGGGAUAUUUUGGGUUUGUUACUAAGUUUUACUGCUGGGCGAGUAAAAAAACCCUAGAUGCCAUGAUUGUGUGGUUCAUUAUGUCAUUGUGCCAGGUUGGACCGGGCUCGAGGUAACCUGGGGCAGGGGAAGGUGAUGCCUGGAACUGGAUCAUCUUUAAGGUCCCUUCCAACCCAAACCAUCCUAUGACAACACCAAGUUUUAUAAAUACCUUGUCUUUUCAGGAAGGAAGAACUGGGGAGAUGCUUGGUAGUAUUUGAGUUUAAACUCUUCCCAUUGCAGGAGGUUGGAAGAAUCAAUGUUUUUCAGUAUUAACAAAAGUCCUUUAUCUUCACAGGGUGAAACCCUGCUUCUGUGGAGGUAAAUGGCAAAAUUUCUAUGAACUCAGCUGAAGUUCAGGAUUUCAGUUUUGGCUUCUUUGUUUGGUCAGUGUUCUAUUUCCUCUGGGGAGGGACAUUUGAGAAGUGUGGCCCUGGGACAAACCUCUGCAGUACAUAUAUAAAUACCUGCUGGGCAUUGACUUUAAUGAUGGUGGCGUUCUGUAUCCCAAAAUAAUUUGGAGAAGUGUUUUACAUCUGAUAGAAAUAACCGUGCACUACCUAAUUAUAUGCAUUUACUUGAGGAUAAAGAUGAGUUUUGCAAUAUUAUGUGACUGAUACACCAGGAGGAGCACAGUCACCUCUGGAAUUCCCUAACUGGUCAGCUGUCAGGCACAGAGUCGUGUUGCUGCUUGCUCUUUUGCCCAUGACUUUGUAUAAAUUGGGAUUUGGCCAUUCCUGACGGUCAGAACUGACAGCUGCUAACAUUUCUAAAACCAGAAUGACAAGUUUUUGAAGUUUUGUUAAGUCUUAACAUCAGUUUGAGUUCAUCUGUCUGCUUAGAAACUUUGUCUGUUGGUCUACACAGUGAGCAAAUAACAGAAGUCAAGUAUUUUUUAAUAAAUUUACCCAUUUGUGUUGUAUCUUAUUGUGGGAAUUCCAUGGGAGGCAGAACAAUUCAGGGUCAUUUAAAUUCCCCUGAAUUGCCCCCUGUCUAAUUUAAAUUAGACAUUUCUUGCUCUAAGUGGCCAGAUCUCUUCCAAAUAAGCAAUCACCUUUCAGCUUCUGUGGACUUCAGCAGUGUCUCCAAAAUAAUUGUGCCACAGGCUUUUGAUGCCUUGCUAUGGGAAAGUGCCACAUCUCCAGGAAAAUGACAGUGAUGGGAAUGUGAUUUGUUACUUUAGAGACAAAAAAUGUCCACAUCAUUGCUGUCUGUGAGUUGUUGGUUCAGGCUUUUUGUUAACUAAACUGUUCUCAAGAUUCUCCUGGAACACUGUUUUUUGUUUAACACUGAAUAUUAAUUAAUUCUGAAUAAUUCAAACCAGCUUUCUCGCAAUAAAAUCAGUGUGAACAACUUUCUAAUACAAAUGUAAAAUGGAAAUUAUUUCCAUAAAUCUUUUCUCUCUGCCCAGA